AUGGAGCACUUGUACCUCUCCCUCUUGCUCCUCUUCGUUGCUUUCGUGUCUCUCUCCCUUUUCUUCCUUUUCUACAAGCAUAGGUCACCAUUCACUGCCCCGAACCUGCCGCCGGGAAGAAUAGGUUACCCGGUAAUCGGUGAGAGCCUAGAGUUCUUAUCGACGGGAUGGAAGGGUCAUCCAGAGAAGUUCAUUUUCGACCGCAUGAUGAAGUACUCUUCGGAACUGUUCAAAACAUCAAUACUUGGGGAACCAGCUGUGAUAUUCUGCGGAGCUGUGUGCAAUAAGUUUUUGUUCUCAAACGAGAACAAGCUUGUGACAGCGUGGUGGCCAGAUAGUGUGAACAAGGUGUUUCCCACUUCACUUCAGAGUAGCUCUAAGGAAGAGUCAAAAAAGAUGAGAAAGUUGCUCCCUCAGUUCCUUAAACCCGAAGCUCUUCAACGCUACGUUGCUAUCAUGGACACCAUAGCUCAGAGGCACUUUGCCUGCCUUUGGCACAACACCACCCACGUCACCGUCUAUCCUUUGGCCAAAAGGUAUACUUUCUUGUUGGCUUGUCGUUUGUUCAUGAGCGUUGAGGAUGUGGAUCACGUAGCAAAAUUCGCAGACCCUUUUCAUUUGUUGGCAUCUGGGAUCAUAUCAAUGCCUAUUGAUCUUCCCGGAACACCUUUCAGCAAAGCAAUCAAAGCAGCCAACACCAUCAGAAAGGAGUUGUUAGUGAUCAUUAGACAGAGGAAGAUUGAUUUGGCUCAAGGGAAGGCGUCACCAACACAAGACAUAUUAUCUCAUAUGUUGUUGACAUGCAAUGAGAAUGGACAGUUUAUGAAUGAGCUUGAUAUUGCUGAUAAGAUUCUUGGCCUUUUGAUUGGAGGCCAUGACACUGCUAGUGCCGCAUGCACUUUUAUUGUCAAGUACCUUGCUGAGCUUCCUCACAUUUAUGAUAGAGUCUAUGAGGAGCAAAUGGAGAUUGCAAAAUCAAAAUCCCCAGGAGAGUUGUUAAAUUGGGAUGACAUCAACAAGAUGAAAUAUUCUUGGAAUGUGGCUUGUGAAGUAAUGAGAGUUGCUCCUCCUCUUCAAGGAGGUUUCAGGGAAGCCAUUGAUGACUUCAUUUUUAAUGGCUUCUCAAUUCCAAAGGGAUGGAAGUUGUAUUGGAGUGCAAAUUCAACACAUAAAAAUCCAAAAUAUUUUCCAGAGCCAGAGAAAUUCGAUCCAAGUAGAUUCGAGGGGAAAGGGCCAGCUCCUUACACUUUUGUACCAUUUGGUGGAGGACCAAGGAUGUGCCCUGGAAAAGAGUAUGCCCGAUUGGAAAUACUUGUUUUCAUGCACAACAUAGUGAAGAGGUUCAAAUGGGAAAAGUUGAUUCCAGAUGAAAAAAUUAUCGUUGAUCCCUUACCCAUGCCUGCAAAGGAUCUUCCAAUUCGUCUUUAUCCUCACAAAGACUAA